AGCGCUGAGGAUAAAUACAAGAUAUGGAUGCGGCACCGCUACAACGACUGCGUGGGUUGCUUGGCGGAGCUGAUGGGCCACGACGCCUUCCAGGUGAAGGAAUUGUCACUCUGCACCCUCAUGAAGUUUGUUGAGUUGGAGGCACAAUAUCCGUUGAUCAAAGUAGAGUGGAAAGGGACUUUAACUUUUCCUCGUGAACUUCUUAAGGUAGUUGUUGAUGGCUUGCUUCCCUUAAAUGAGGACGCUUCGCUCCUGAUCUCCCGCUUUCAAGAAUAUAUGGAGUACGAUGACAUUCGGUACUUUGUCAUAAAGGCGGUCACUGAGAGUAUUGGACAAGUCAUGCAGAAGACAAAAGAGAGGCCGCUGCCAUUUUACCAACAGAACGUAUUUUCCCUCAUUUCACCCAUUAACAUGCCGAACAAAGAGUGUGACAUGGUCAAAUUUAUGGUGAAGCAAGAUAACUGGGAGGAAUUGAAAGUGUCGAAGCUGCAGGCACACAAGCAGGCGUUUGAAAAAAUGUGGCUCAGUUUUUUGAAGCAUAAGCUGCCCACUGGCCUGUACAAAAAAGUUCUUGUGAUUCUGCAUGACUCCAUCCUGCCUUACAUGAACGAACCCACCCUCAUGAUAGACUUCUUGACAGUGGCCUAUGGCAUAGGUGGAGCCAUCAGUCUUCUAGCCUUAAAUGGAUUAUUUAUUCUGAUUCAUCAGCAUAAUCUGGAAUAUCCUGACUUUUACAAAAAGCUGUACAGUCUUUUGGACCCUUCUAUAUAUCAUGUGAAGUACCGAGCCCGCUUUUUCCAUUUGGCUGAUCUAUUUUUGUCGUCAUCCCACUUGCCAGCAUACCUGGUGGCAGCAUUUAUAAAGCGCCUCUCCCGGCUGGCCCUCACCGCUCCUCCUGAGGCUCUACUCAUGGUCAUUCCCUUCAUCUGUAAUCUCUUUCGGAGGCACCCCGCCUGCAAAGUGCUGGUACACCGACCUAAUGGGCCAGAAGAUAUGUCAGAAGAUCCGUAUAUUAUGGAGGAGGAGUCACCAUCUGAAAGCAGGGCUUUGGAGAGCUCUCUCUGGGAGAUUCGGUCUCUACAAAACCAUUAUCACCCAGAUGUGGCCAAGGCAGCUGCUGUCCUGAACCAGUCGCUGUCUGAAAUAGAGGAUGACAUAUCGGGGCUCCUGGAGCUCUCAGCUUAUGAGCUUUUUGAUAAAGAAGUAAAGAAAAAGGCUGCUGAUGUGCCCCUGGAGUUUGAGCAAAUACGAGGUUUGUUUGGAAAGAAAAAUGAUAUUUUUGCAGAGCACUUCAGUUUAGAUUGACGCGAUGCCUUAGAAACACAUCUGCACAACUGGCUGAUCUUGGGGACACGCACAGAGCUCACGUGUCGUGCUGGGCAGUUCUGCCUUUGAAGUGUCUUCAUGUGAUGAGAGCUGGACUGCUUGAGAAAGGUGUGGCCUUCUUCAGUGACCUUUGCUACUACCCAUGGAUAGACUUGCCUUUGUUUCUCCUGCUUGCAUACUGCCGCCUGAUAUCUGGGAGGGAUUUUCCCUCAGAGCAGAGUUUUCUGGACCUGUUCGUUGCU